UUGUGGUCAGCUCUCCAGGGUGGCUUCACCUGGUCACAGCCACAGCCAUGGCCACAGGAAUGGCUGGGAUAGAAAGUCCAUGGCAUGGGGGCCAGGAGGUCUGAUGAAGAUAAUCCCCUGGAAGAGGCUGCUGCUGAGAACUGUGCGAAACCCUCACUUCCUCUGUGCAGUGCAGGUUCCCAACCACAAGCACCAAAGCAGAGGGGCAGGCAGCACACAGACAGAGCGCCAGCCCAGCCAUGGUCCCCGAGGUGAGCGAGCUCCAGGUGCUAGAUGCCUCUGCCUUCGCCUUCCUCCUGGAGAACAGCAGUUCUUCCUAUGACUACGGAGAGAACGAGAGUGAUUCCUGCUCUGGCCUCUGCAAAGUGACAGGUGCGCUCUUCAACAUCAACUUCUACGCAGGGGCCCUCCUGCUGGCAUGCAUCAGCUUCGACCGCUACCUGAGCAUAGUGCACGCCACCCAGCUCUAUCGCCGGGGCCCUCAGGCCCGUGUGGCCCUCACCUGUGUGGUUGUCUGGGGGCUCUGUCUGCUCUUGGCCCUCCCAGACUUCAUCUUCCUGUCGGCCCACCAUGACGAACGCCUCAAUGCCACCCACUGCCAGUACAACUUCCCGCAGGUGGGCCGCACAGCUCUGCGGGGGUUGCUGCUGGUGGCUGGUUUCCUGCUGCCCCUGUUAGUGAUGGCCUACUGCUAUGCCCAUAUCCUGGCUGUGCUGCUGGUCUCCAGGGGCCAGCGGCGCCUGCGAGAGGUGGUCGUGGUGGCCUUUGCCCUCUGCUGGACCCCCUACCACCUGGUGGUGCUUGUGGACACUCUCAUGGACCUGGGGGCCCUGGCCCGCAACUGUGGCAGAGAAAGCCGUGUGGACGUGGCCAAGUCAGUCACUUCGGGCCUGGGCUACAUGCACUGCUGCCUCAACCCCCUGCUCUAUGCCUUUGUGGGAGUCAAGUUCCGAGAACGAAUGUGGAGGCUGCUCCUGCGCCUGGGCUGUCCCAGCCAGAGAGGACUCCAGUGGCAACCGUCAUCUUCCCACCGAGAUUCAUCCUGGUCUGAGACCACAGAGGCUUCCUACUCGGGCUUGUGAGGCUAAAAUGGGGGCUCCCCUUUCACCCACACAGCCUGAUUCCCUGCACCUCUGGGUUCCUCCUCCCUCUGCUGGGCCAGCUCUGGAAUUCCCAUUGCCUGGCUUCCAGAAGCACUGGCAGCCCCUUCCCAGCUAGGUGGGCUGUGCCAUUGCUGCUCCUUAGCUGUGAGCUCCCUCCUGCUGCUUCAGAGGUGGCUGCCUGGAGCCCUACCACCCUGCCCACAUGGUAACUAGAACCUGGCCUUCCCACUCACAGGGAGCAUGAGGCAAACAGCAGGGGGCGCUGCCCCGCUAGGAUCCCAGCCUAGGCCUCCAGCUCAGGAGCAACUGCAGCCGUGGUCACCACGACCUCUGUUUGUUCACUCUUGUUUUUAUGUCUAAAACAUGCUUAACAUUUUUCAAUAAACAAGAUAAUCAGGA